UCAAACAAAGCUAGAGUGACGACGUCAUUUCCCGUCGCUGUCUUUGCUUAUCCGAAAAGAAACUCUUAUGAGCCGAGAAGCUAAAAAGAUAUAUAUUUUUCAUGGACUGAACCGAAUUAUUUUUUGAUUCCGUGUCCUAGGAAGAGUUUACAAGGAUUCAGGAAAUAUCUUUAGAGAUUGGAACCACUGCACCUCCCACAGCACAUAUCUAAGCAUCCACUUCACUAAGGCCAAAGACACUGAGUGUACGGGAAAGAACUUUAAGUGACGAAAGGCCAAAUGUUGUGUUGCCUCACCACGCCUUUGUCAGGGCCAGUUGGGUUGAAAAAAUGGCACUUGAACGCACCCCACAGACUACAGCCACUGGCCAGCUGCUACAUAUAAUAACACUGGAAUCAGUAGCUUACUAGCUAGUGUGUGUCAUACUGGUCAAAAACCAGGGAAUAUCUCUGCAAUGCUGCCAGGCUGUUUGAUGAGUCUGGAGUCACAGGAGCCUUUGAUACCACCUCUCCCCAUAACAUAAGUUAUUAUGGAGAUGACUGGCCACUGUAGUCAAGAACAGGACAGAAAUGAAUAUGUCUUAACUUCAGAUGACGACUCUUUGUUUGAUAUUAAUGUCUGGCAAAGUAGAAGGACACCUGAGAAUGUGGAGAUGCAAGAUUUAGAUUCACAAAUGGGCAGCAAAAAGCAGAAAAAGAAAGUGAGGAUGGAGAUAAAUGGACUCACAUCACCUGAGCCAGGGAUGUUCAGGUGUACCCAGUCAGCAGCAGUCUGUGCUGAGUCUACAUCUCAGUCAGCUCAUGUUUUGAAGUGUGUGAAAAUCCCCAACAAAAGACACCUUCACAAAAGAGAUGGAAAGGGAGAGACUCUUCUCCACAAAGCAUGCAAGAGAAAAAAUCUGGCACAGGUCAGAGUGCUCAUUCAAGCUGGGAUCAGUGUCAACAUGGAGGAUUAUGCAGGCUGGACAGCUCUCCAUGAGGCUUCUUCUGUGGGUGAUGUGGCAGUGGUAGAGGAACUGUUGAAGGCUGGAGCUAAUGUUAACACUAGAAGCUGCGAUGGUGUCACACCUCUACAUGAUGCUGUUUCCACUGGACACUAUCAGGUGGUGAAGCUUCUCCUCCAGCAUGGCUCAAACCCCAGUGACAGGAAUCUUGGAGGCCUAAGUGCACUUGACAUGGCAGAAGACGGGAAUAUCAAAAAGAUGCUCUUAAAUUUUGUAAAAAAUGAACAGCCCUAUGAAAUGCCGGCACAAUACAAACAACCAGGUGCCACAUCAGAGGCUCGGUGUCACAUGCAGCUCUCCUGCCAAAGCAGUUUCAGUCCCAGCUACAGCGACAUGGCAAAUGUACAAUUCAAAAACUCAGGUGACAGAGAUGGAGCCAGAGAGCACAGUGGCAUUCAUCUGAGAAAGAAAGACACCACCACUGAUAAUCUGAAUUCUUCAGAAGCCAUAACAGGGGUUUUGGAGGAGGUAGGAAGGAACCAAACAGAAAUGUUGACUUGGCCUCUGACAGGUCCACAGGAUACAGACAGCUAUCAUGCUGCUCUAACACAGAUCCAGAGUGUGCUGACUGAUGUGCUCGCCAAACAGCAUUUGGAGAAAAAUAAGCUUGUCCAAAGAUGCCGGAGUGCCUCUGACGCCCUUCGGCAUCAUUUGUUGAAAAUUCCGCUUGUUUCACUAGCUUCACGUCAGAGGAACUUGGUGGAAAUCCUCCAGAAGCAAAUACAUUUGUCAGACGUGUAUGUAACCAUGAAGGCCAAACUUUCCAAUCAGCCUUCGAACCAUCAGCGGAGUACAAUAAUGAGACCUCAGCCAAAUCACUUCUCCACAAAAGCUUCCACACUGGCCUUCUCUAAACUUACAGAAGCACACAGCUGUCAAAAAAACCUAAGACAGGAAAGCCCUAGACAAGCGACAUGGGUCAGUCUGUCAAGAUCAGCACCUCAAAACAAUGCCAAGGACAUUGCAUUGCCCAGAUCUCCUACUCUUUUACAAGUGGAGGGGAAGAACAGUCCCCCACACACUGAUGUUUUGAAUAAGACAGCCGCCAGCUGUCAGGGCAGCACCCCAAAACACAUCAACAUUCAGGUGAAAGGAAAGAAGGCACAGACAUGGCCUGAAGUCAACUGCAGACCUCUCUUUAAGCUUCUACAGAGGGGACUCGUGCCACCUGGAAGUGCUCUGCAGCUGUUGUUCAAGGAUCACUGGCAACUUGCUCAUGUACUGUGUGAUGGCUCAAUACAAGACAGUAAAGGCAAGUUGUACUUGGGUCCAGAACAGUGGCUGGAGUCUGUCUUUGGUAACAAUAUCCCCGUCAGCUCAGCAUACGCUUGGGACAAGGUAAUGUUCAAUGGCAAUCCCUUGUCUUAUUUACUGAACAUGGAGGCUGAAGGAAACACACCACAGACACCUCCUGUGGAUGAUGAGGCAGCCAUCCUGAACAGCCUAAUGAAAAUCAAGGUAAUUCGUUUGGUGGAAGACGAGGAAUUCCUACCAAAUGCCAUAAUGGACUACUACUGGGAGAAGCUCCUAAAGAAUGACUGUUCAGAGUCUGACAACUGGGGGGAUGAAUUAUUAUUAUAAUAAUUAUAUUAGCACAUUUUGUCCAUAACUGUGUAUGUUUUGAUCACUUACCUUGGUGCUUUUACUCAUUUUAGGAUUAAUUCAUUGUACCCAUUGUGGUUGUGGUACUGUAUUUAAUUAAUCUUUGUUCUCUUAUCAUAUUAGUUUGUUCUUAUGUAUUUUUACUCCAUGUUUCAUGUUGUAACUAUUUAUUUCAGAUUUUAAAAUGUUGAAACUCUAUUUGGCAGUGAUGAUAGAAGGUACUGUACUUUCUGUUGCAUGGAUACAUUACAUCCCAAAACACUCAUUUCAGUGUUUGCUAAAGUUUAGCUGAGCAUUGUUUAAGUGCCUAAAGUAUUUGUAUUGAUAAAUCUGAUAUUUCUACUGCUACCAGCAUUAAACCAAUAUAAUAAAAUAAAUAAUAACAGUUGAUUAAGGCAUGUGUUAAGUGUGAGAUGCAGAG